GGCGCUAUUACUUAACCGGCCGUCUUACACCGAUGUAGCGUCGAACUUGGGGUCGAUAGGUGGACAGGAUAGAGAGGGAAAUACAGCUGCUGAUCUACAAUAGCAAAGACGCGGAACGGAUCAUUUGCUUAAAUUGAGUACAAAUCUAUUGCCAAACCUGCAACCAGCUGAGUAGUACAUAAAGAUAAGAGGUUGUAUUGUGGUGCUUGCUGCCUCGUCUCGUCUACCAGCUGCUUCACAAACGCCACAAAACGAAACGUUCCGCGAACAAACGGCGUCGGAGUGUCCGUGGACAAACCCGAACGCCGUGUCCGCUGCCGAUAGCACCGAUGUCCACUAGCGAGCCGGACUCGGCUGGAUCCUCCUCCCAUGGACUAAGAAGGCGCACAACGCACGGUUUACUGAAGCACACGGAAGCGGCACCCACUUCUACGGCCUCUGCCUCGGAAGCAGAAGCAGCAGUAGCCGCGUUGGCUUCGAUGAUGGAACCACCGGCCAGCAUCAUCAUGAAAGCUGCUGCAGCAGCAGCGGCGGCAGCAGCUAAGGUUGCCGCCGGGUCCGUUACCACGAAAGAGGAGCCCGACUGUGGCGAGAUGAACGAUCGGGUCGCUUCCUCGGUGGAUUCGAGCAUGGACAGCAGCGCACUCGCCAGCUGCCUUUCGAGCACAAUAUCGUCCAUGCGCGGGUCGGGCAACAUGGGCACAGGAAAUGGCGGCGGGGGUGGUAACAUCAGCGGAGGCGAUGACAACCUGUCGGACAAUUCGGAAUCUACCUCUGGUGCAACGACGACCACGACAACGUCCAGUGCGGCAGCAGCCCAGCUGCUGGAAAACCUCAAACACAAUCUCAACCAUCAUAGCCACAACAACAACAACACCAGUGUUAUCAACAACAACAAUCCACUGCAUGCGAACAAUAACAACAACAACAAUGGCAGCCGUAAGCUCUUCGAGUGUGACGUGUGCAAUAUGAAGUUCUCCAACGGGGCGAACAUGCGUCGGCACAAGAUGCGUCACACGGGCGUGAAGCCGUACGAAUGCCGGGUCUGUCAGAAGCGAUUCUUCCGCAAGGAUCAUCUGGCGGAGCACUUUACAACGCACACGAAAACGCUACCCUACCACUGCCCAAUCUGCAACCGAGGUUUCCAGCGGCAGAUUGCAAUGCGUGCACAUUUCCAGAACGAACACGUCGGCCAGCAUGACCUCGUCAAGACGUGUCCUCUUUGCAGCUAUCGCGCAGGUACGAUGAAAUCGUUACGGGUGCACUUCUUCAACCGACACGGCAUCGAUUUGGAUAAUCCGGGACCUGGGACGCCGUCGUCGUUGCUGCUUGCACUAGAUCAGCACAACCCGGCUAACCUGCUACCGGCGGCCUUGGCAGCCAUGAACGCGGUCAACGCGUCAUUUGGUGACGGUGGGGCGGCGGCCGCAGCUGCUGCAGCAGCAGCCGAUACGAUGCAACGGUCGCUAGACAACGGCACACCGCCGAUGCACUUUCUUACGCCCCACGUUGAGAUCUCGAUGGAUAAUGCGGAUGAUGAUAACAGCUUACCGUUGAACUGUAGCCGAGACGGGUCGGUCGGUACUGGCGGAUCUGCCGGCAGCCAGCAAGAGCUACAGCAAGCAAACCGAUCGCACAACGGGACCCCGAUGCUCCAUUCAAAUGGGCCCAGUCCCGGCAGCAACAAUGAUCGCAGCACACCGACCACGUCCUCCUCAUCCGCCACGAUCUCGUCUGCACUGGACAUUAAAGCAAUUGUGCGACCAUCUAACGGCGGGACACCGACCGUUGCGUCAUCGGGAUCGCCGGCUGGUUCGCCGCAUUCGGCCGACUCAAAUGCGCCUUCCAGUUCCCAAUCUUCGUCGUCGUCGUCGACGACUACCACGAUGCUUCCGACACUAGUACAAAGCUCAAGGCAUAUUAUUUUUGAUAACCCUAUUACACCAUCGAUUAGCUUAAUACCUAUUAAACAGGAACCAACAUCGAACGAUGAGUACAACGAUAUUAAACCUCGAAGUAGUAGCAGCACAGAACCACCAACCUCAAACAUCAGUAAUUCUGCGGAAUGUGUUACCCCUUCGUCCAGUCUGACUUCGCUCAUCAAGGUAUCGCCAUUGAAGUCCCUGUUGCGAGAAGACCUAAAACGAAGAAUCUCGGCACGCGCCACGACCCGCGCUACCCGCAACGGCAUGAUGGCCAACAACAGUUCGCCUAUUCCGGCCAGCAGUCCCAUUCCGAACAGUUCAAACGUUCUUACACCGGGGGCCGCGCAGGAGAGUGGCAAUGGCAGCAACAGUUCCAGCAGUUCGAGCAGCAGCUCCAGCAGUAGCUCCAGCAGUAGCAGCAGCACGGCUGCCAUCGCUGUCGCAACUACCUCCAAUGGUACCAUCACCUCCACCGGGCAGGAGACUGACCUGCUACUAUCGCUCACCUGCAAGGCGAAACGCAACCUGCAGUGUCUUUUCUGUGGCAUCGAGUUCCCGGACCAGACGCUGUACUUCCUGCACAAGGGAUGCCACAGUGAAAGCAACCCGUGGAAGUGCAACAUCUGCGGGGAGCAGAUGAACAACGUGUACGAGUUCAACUCUCAUCUGCUGAGUAAAAGUCAUCAAUGAUGUUAAGCGAGGGAAAGGGAAACAGUUUACUGGUGAUGUUUCUCUUUUUCUGAUCGCUUACUCGCAACUACGUCCGACACUCGUAAAUCCCACAAAGCGCCGUGUACACUGUUGUUGUUGUUGUUGUUGUUGUCGAGCGCUACCUUGUUUAAGAACCCUUGGCCAUGGCUUCCCAUCCAAGAUCCACCAAGGCUCGGUUGCAGCGCUUGCAAGCCCACAACCCGAUGGACAAUCCAUCGAUGGGGUGUGUACUGUACUACCAUUAGAAGAAAAUUCGUCCAAGGUAUGGUGGUGUUGUUAAAUUGUACCUUUAGUAGUGCCGUGCAUUAGACGGCGGCGCGACCGCAUACUGCGGGUCCGCACUCCUUCAGGUUUCAGAGAGCGCGAUAAAAGCAAUAGGCAAAUGAACCAAUAGUAGAACGAAACACGUGCCUACAGUACCUGCACGUGGUGACAACAGCGCCAAUGCAAUGCAGCGCCUCCUGUUGUCGCUGUGCUGUGGUAGGGUUAAAUUCCGGCAGAUUAACAGUCCGUCCAGUAGACUUUAAAGCGAAGGUGUAUGCAAAUAAUGAAAAAGUAUGCGCGUUGCAAUUCGAACAUUCUUCACGGUGGGAGUGUGUGUGUGUUAAUAAGGUAGAACCAGCCCCGGGGCAAACUAGCCAGGGCCAGGGGGGACACAAAACGGAACGAAGAGAUCAUAGCUGAAGUGGAAGCCUCUCCAAGGAUUCAGGGGUUUUUCUCUUCUUACUCGAAGUAGCAUCGCACAACGCACAACACGCGUCUGUGAAACUUACAGAUUAUAGCCAAAGCACAAAUUGUAUGAAGCAGGAACAUGAAUAGCAAAGAGGAAGGAACGUACCAACGUAUAAGCCGUUUCGGAGACGUUCCCUAUCCGCCCGUGCGUUUGCUGGCGCAGAGCAACGCAUUCGGUUUUCGUAGCUGUUACUCGCACAACACUGCAGUUGGUUUUGCAGCAUCGCCUAUUUUCAAACCCAUCGAGAAUUGUGAUCGAGCGGCCGAAUGUAGCCGACUCGCUUGCCACGAAGAUCGCUUGCAACACCAGUAAGCCAACUGCAGUGGUUGGUGGUUUGAGAGCGUGGUUUGAGACUCUAUAAAGCAUGGAAGCAUGACCAGCUUGAGAUUGGACUUCCUGAAGAAGAUCGAUCCAACCCUCGGCCAGAGAGCAAGUAGAAUUGAUGCUGAUCUGAAACCCGCAAGAAACCACCAUUUGUGUGCAUCAGUACAACCGUGGCGCAACCGAUUUCACUGUAAAUGAAAAACAAAUCCACACAUACACAAACACACAAAGUCUACCUUUAAUAAUGUAAUGUAAUAUUUGAGAUUUAACUUCCUCGUCUGUUAGUGUGUCGCUUGGCGCGUAUUAAGUUUUUGUUUGGUUUUGUUUGGCCAAGAAGAUUUAGGAACAUUAGUGUUAAGCGUGUGUACAUCAUCAUGUUCUUGUUUGUUUGUUUGUUUGUUUUGUUUAUUUUUUCAUGCCCCCCAAGCUCAUCCCCCUUUUAUCUUUAAUCUGCAUACCAACAUCACAACAGCUAAAGGAAAACGAAGAUCCUUUCAAACAGGAUUAUUUUUUGUUUUUUCUUACUUUUGCUUUACACAUUUGGUCCCCAAAACAGAAUAUUGCCUCCAAUUGUUGUUUGAUUAACGAAUGAUUUCUUGUACACAUCGCGUGUAGGUGUGUAUGCCUACAUUUAUAAACUUUUUUUCUUUUGAACACACAUAUUUUUGUAUGUGUGUGUGUGUGUUUUGUUUGCAUGUGUGUAUUAUUGAAUGUAAUUUUUGGUUUUGUAGUUUUCCCGCCACAUAUUUACUUGGUUCGCGUGUUUUGCUUUUUCGUCCUUUCAUUACCCAAAAUUGCAGGCUUUCGUUUGUGUUUAGGUUUAUUAGAUUUAUCUUUACCUCAUGUAAAAUUACUUUAACACUUAGCAGUAGCAGAGUCAGAGUCUGGCAGAAAGAAGUACAAAUGGCAUAAGUUUGUGCUUCAGUUUGCUGGACUUCGGGGGGAUUGGUUGGAUUUUGAUUGGUUCAGCGACCUCUUCCAUUCGGUAUAAGGAUAUAUAGGAUAGGUAAAGUAUUCAAAUAUGUAGCAAAGCAAACGUUUGUUCAAGUUUAAGCAGGUGGGAGGAAGCGUUGUUAUACUAGCAAAAGUAAUAGAAGGGGUAUGUAAACACAGUCGGUCUGAACAAAAAUACAAUUAUAUUUAUACAAACUCUUGUUGUUGUUGUUAUCGAAACGUUUGACCCGAGAGAAGUAAACAGAAGGUGUGUAACUGAAGGCAUUACUGUCCACUCAUUUGGUGCAAAACUCAGAUCUGAUUUAAGUUAUUUUAGCUCAGUUUGAACAAGAACUUUGAACAUUUCGCCUAAAUUUAGCCCAUUUCUAACAUUCACCAAACGCGAACAUUCAGCUCAGUUCCUGAUGUUUUAAAACACAUCAUCUCCAAAUCCAAGCGACACCUAGUUUAUGUUCUUGAGACAAACGUAUUCGAACUGGUUUGCAGCUGUGCAAUGGAUAGUUCAUAAUAGUAGCAUCAUCACAAAACAAGAAUUCCGUUCGAUUUGUUCUCCCGACACACACCGCAAUGAAUUCAGCGCACCUUUCUCAACACAAAACCAAACACACAUUUCAACCCAGGGAAAACAACGUUAAACUUAAAAAUCGAGCCUCAUAAUGCCUUUGGUUAUGGAUCGUUCAAUGCUCAUCAAACUGUACAGAAGAAAGGGGGAAAAUGAAAACUAACACAAUAAUGUGCAUGCAACUUCUUACAAACAUCGAAAUCUAUUGGAUCGAAUAAAAACCGAAUUACAAAAUUUUGCUACCAUUAAGGGCAACUCAAAAAAGUACAACCAAACUCAGAGAAGAAACGAAACAAAACGUAGAGAAAGGGGAGAGAUACAUAUUUUGGUAGCAUUAAGAAAACGCGGCCAAUGCGAAGAAAUGCAUUGCAAUGCUGCAGCUGAAUGCAACAAUUUUAGCUUACCUAUCCAGUACCUAAACUCUAAAGUAAUGCAAAACUAUAGAAAUCAUGGCAAAAAACAAGUUACAUAAACAUUUUCUAACAAGUAUUUUAUAGAUGUUUUGAAUAAUGGCCACAUGUUUGACACUAUCCCACAGUUUCGAUCCGAUGAUGCGGUGAUCAAGUAAAGAGGGGCUGCUGCUAGAGCAGUACGUACAGGGAUAAAUGAGCAUAGAAAAGCACUACAAAGAUGAAUUUAAAAAGCGUUUGAAAUAAAACACUAUAUAGAGAAAAAAAACACCCUUCAGUCUGGAUCUGUUGUAAGGAAAAGGCAAGGUAAAAUAAUUCACUAGAAAAAAAAAACAUUACUGUACGUUUCAGACCAAGGGCGUUUCGUUUACGACUCACAGAUCUUGUUCAAAAACUCUCGCUCUCUCCCAAAUGUUCUGGUUUCCUCUAAGUGGUUUUAAAAGAAAUGCAUAAUAUCUAAAGCAAAGCUAUAUAAACAUUCUCAGCUGUGUGCUGCAAAACAUUUUCAGAGUAAAGUAAAAAAAACAAACGAGAUCAAAGUAAACCAACCAAACGUUGGAAUGAAUAGACAAUGUCAAUGUAUGCCCCCGUCUCUCAAAGUAGCUCCAAAUAUGUACAACUCGAUAUACUCAUCUUGCAAAUUGUCAUUCUAAAUUACGAAACGUUUAACAGUAAUAUCGAUUACACAUUUGUCUUCUUAUCGCUUAAUAUUUAACAACAAUAAGAAAAUCGAAUUCGACUCCAGUUAAAAUUUAUAUCUUUAAAAUUGCUACCCACAAACAAUUGGCUCUAAAUGGCAAACUGUAACAAACUUUGCAAAAUAUUCAAAAUUUAACAAAAUACACAGAUAAUCAUUGGCAAAUUUACGGUGAAUGAAAAAUAAAACAUGUUUCGUGCGCACUUCUUUCUUACAAUUUUCACCAUACACAUCCCCCGAUACCAAUCCAACUCUAACCCAAUUACUGGGAGAAUAAUUUAUAAAUUGGAUUAAAGCAAAGAGCAAAACGCUAACAGUCAUUAAAUUUCGAUCAACUUCAAAUGUUUUCAAAAAUUAAUAUGUACAUAACACAGCGGAUCGGAAACACGCGUGCACGGCAAAAUUAAAUCUUAUGGCAAUGUUUAUCUCGAUAAAAAUUUAACAAACAAAAAAAGUUACCUCUGUGCACCAAGUUGUUAGUAACAUUUAAAAAGCAUACAUAUAGCUUCUUCUGCUCAUAAGCCUAUUAGAAACUGCUGAACUGAUUACCUGGAAAUGUAGCAAUGAGGGACAAGCGCACACACACACAAUUCGGGUACGGGGUAUGAUAAGUACAAACACAAAUUGUCUGUCGAAUGGUGUACUGCGUGAAGAGAGUAAACAAUUAAAUUGAUUAGAGUGCAUCUUUUCUGGGUUACUUUACUUACUACCACUAUCUUAGUUUCAGCCAACUUUACCAACGAAUGGUAAAAGGGGGGGACAAACAAAUUUAUGCAAAAUACCACAGCUGAACGACUUUACCAAAUUGAGUAAUACCAGUACAGAGAAAAAACUCCCACAGCAAUAUAGCUCUGCAAUAGAUAACAAUUACCCAAACCAAUGAAUAGAAGGAAACGAACGAAACGAAACAAUAGAUAAUGCAAAUUACUCAAAACAAACAAAAAAGGGUGCCUUUAAAAAAUGGAAGCAUGUAUAAAUCACUGAAAAAAAAAUCAACCUGGACAAAGAACAAGGACGCCACAGUCCGAUUCGUAACAUAUUAAAAAGCAAAACUAUUAAUUAUCUAGCCAGCAACAACUUGCCUCAACAAAUACCUGGUUAAAUUAAAGUUAGUGGAUUUAGUGCUGAACUUUUAAGAGAAAUCUCCAACCUAAACAAAAAGUGAACACACGCACGCACACACACACACAAGAGCCAAUAGCCAUCUGCAGCCCAACAAUAGGAAUAGAAAGACUUAGGAAGUUUAACAAAUAUAACUGAUAUAUGAAUACGCCGUAAGUUUAACACACGAAACAUUGUACCAAAUCUAAACAGGCAAACAAACCGGGAAUAAUGUGCAAGUGGAAACAAAACAAAAGAAGUGAACAACAAAAUGAAACCAAGAGCGAAUUAUAGUCAAAGUGUGAAACGGGGGAGAAAUGGAAAUGUAAGUACUGUAACUGUAUUUGUUGAUAGAACUAGAACAAAAAAAAAACGUAGAUAGACAAGCAUAUAUUUCGAAUUGAAAGUUGAAACAAACCAUCGCACGCACAAAGAGGGAAAAAAGAGUGGAAAAUCGAACUCGCCCAAAAUGAAAUAAAAAGCGGAACAAAGUUAAUACAAACGCAUUAGUAGCCCUACACCGACACCGGUGGUGUGUAAGUGAGCAGUGAAUAGUUUUUUGCAAUUUUGCAGUGCAAGCUAUGCAUAGCCAAGUGUGGAUUGAUAAAAUGGACAGGAAUUAGGACUAAAAAAGGAUGUAUUGUAGUAGUGUAGAUGAAAACCUAGUGAAAGCGAUGAGCAAAGGCAUGAAUUGCUUGUGUGAUACAACUAUGUACCAGGAAUUGUGGCUGAACGAAACGAAAUACAAAGAGGAUGUGGCAAACAAACGAAAGCGUGCGCAGUGCAGUAAGGUCGAGUGAAUAUAGACCAUUUUUAAUACACAAAUUCAGGCCUUAUUGACAAAAACCAAUACAAAAUGCAAAAAUACAGAUAAACAGACAGAAAAGCGUAGCACGGCGCUCUUUCCAAAGUUCUACAAAACAAACCCAAAAAUAUAGCCCCUUUGCAAUGGUCCUGCGCUUGGGCAACACGUUGCCAUCCCCCCGGAAUGGUACAUAUUAGAUCCUUUAGAUACUCUAGCAACUCAUGCCAAUAUACCUCGAGAGCAAAAGCAACCGUGCGAAUCAUGCUAAAUUGCAUGCUAAAAUGUAACAAACAUACACAGGUAAAAAAGCAAAAAGUGAGACAAAUUAAACAGGAUCAAGAAACAUAUUACAACAUUACCGUUACCGGUGACAGUAAAUCGAAAAAAAAACAUUGGAGAUUCAUUUAACUAACAACGUUUCUUUUCUAUGGUCAUCAAACAAUGAUUUUAAAUGUUCCUUAUGGCCGUUCAAAAACCGACACACACAAAAUAAGUUGCAGAAAACCAAAUAUUAGCUUGUCAAGGCCCUAAAAACACAACAGGAUAUACAAGACACAAGGCAAGCGGCAGCAAACACAAACGUAACUCAUACAUUCCGUCUUAAUGUGAUUCAUCGACCGGAGGAUGUUGUGUGUCGUAGGUUGUAAUAUGUGCAAUUUUUCUAACUACUAGAUUUAGUAAAAAAAAAGGAUUAACAGAUUGUUUCACAAUAGCGCUGCGCGAUAUACGCGGGGAAAGUGCGAACUGUUAAUGUUUAUGUUUCUACCUUGAUCUACUGACCAACUACCUGCUACAACAACAAGCUACCACGCACACCACACAGAAGUAAUGCGUGCGCCACCCAUUGAACGUGUACCAUUUAGUUGUUCGUUUUGUUUGGUUGUUUUGCUAUCGUAAGAAUUGCUAUUGCUGCAUAGGUUACACUACAUACAACGACUUAAUGGGAAUGUGAUGCAUAUAUAACGCAAUGAUGGUGUUGUUUAUUGGUUUACUUUUUCGUUUUUCUUUUUUUAAACGAUUUAUGGAUUUUUUUUCUCUUCUGACUUUUCUUGUUUUUGAUUGUAACUAAACAAAUUGGGUUCUAUCUAGUGUUACACCGUUUUUGAUUGUUUUCUUUUCAUUUCAUUAGAAGCAUAAUACUUUGUACUGUGAUUUGUUUCGCGAAAAAUAUUUACGUGUUCGUUUUUGUGUGUUUUUGUUUUGUUUCGUCAGUAGUGAAUAUACAUAUUAGUUGUGCAAAAAAGGGGCAACAACGUCAUCGUCGUAGUCGUCGUCGGUUUCACGUAAAUAAGAGAGGGGAAAAAAUGUUGAGUAUUUUCGUUUCGUAAGUUAAAAACUGAAGCUGGUACUUGGAAAAUUUGCAAAUAAAAUAAGCUAGAAAGUGAUAAGGUUAUCGGAAAGCAUACAAACGGAAUGCUAAAUAUGUGUGUGAGAGUGUGCGUGUGCGGGUGUGUGUGUGUUAUUAUUUUUUUAAACAUACGGUAAACUUACAACCAAUUCUUAGCGAACAAAAAAAGGUACCUAAUUGAAUGCUAGCUGAAACGAGUAAAAGCAAAACACAAAAAACCCGAUAUAUUUACAAAUCACCAAAAACCAAACCCACAGCAACAUGAUUGCUCUCCAGUAAACGAGACACGAUGGUACAGGGGGAAGAUUAUUUUUGCUAAAAACCUCAAAAAUUUCGAAUAGACAGUUAAGGCAUCAUGUGAGCAACAAACAAAUAUUAUGCUUCUGAACAGCAUUAGCCUACCUCAUGCGGUUAUGCAGUGAGACGGACGAGUUCGAACUCUAUUCUACACCCAUAUUCUCCAGUACACACAUGCGAUCCAUAAAACACACGGUAUGAACAUAUUGCAAAUGUGACUAGCAAAAUACAAAAAAUGAGAGCAUCGUCGUUUAUACAUUCACUGCAUGGAAACACUAAGAAUCGAUGAUUACUAUUAGACGAUGGUGAUGGUUCAAAUUAAAACGUAACGAAUGAAUUGUGAAUUCAGAAUCAGAAUGGUAAUACAAAACUACAAUUAUAUUGACUUAUUAAUAUAAUAUUAAUGAUAUUUUCAACACCUACAAUAAAUAAUGGUUUUUCAAACG